AUGUCGUCCAAGAACAAGCUCACAAAGUUCAAAUCCGCAGUAGCCGCCUCUUCCUCAUCCACCCCGACCUCCUCUCGAAACUCCCCCCCCCCUUCCUCACCAUCAAUCACACCCCUCACAAUUUCGCAACAGAACACCUGCCAAACAAUCCACCAAGAACAACUCGCCAGACUCGCCAGCACAACACUUCCCAAUCUGGCCUCUCUCCACUCACAACGGUUCCUCCGUCUAGCACGCUCACAAGUUGCCGCAUCAGACACUUUGUGGACUACCCGUAAGCUUCAAGCUACACAAUCCGAGAUGUGUGAGGUGCAGUUUGCCGCUCGUUGCUGGAUUGAAUCAGACUACAACACCGAAUGGGAACAAGGAGAAGGCUUCAGGGUUGAGAGCAAAAGCUGGAAGAGGGACACAUGGGACGACGCGCAAGCGCAUAUCAAGUUGCACACUCUGUCGUCACAAGACUCGGACCUAGCCCUCAUACAAGAGAUUGCGGAUCAUGUAAAAGACAGUGUGAUGGUUGAACGUCGAGCAGUCCGAUUCAUCCAGAUGGAGCAUCGUAAGGCCGCAUCUGGAGAGGACCUCGCAAGAAUCGUCAUUGAUGAAAUGAGUGCGCGUCAACGCGUCAUGGUAUAUACGCGAGCGUAG